AUGUUCGCCUUCACGCUCGGCAGUACCGUGACCACCCUCUCUGUGCUUGGCCUCUGUACAGGAGGGUCGGCGGCGACCUCACGUGUCCAAUCGCGCAGCGGGAAAACACCGAGCCUGGCUUUCGAUCCAGCAACCACGUCCUACUGCUCUUGGUGGAUCGACUACGAUGGUUCCAUGACCUGUCAGGAAGUCCUCGACGACAAUUGGAUUGAGCUAGAUGCAUUUCGCCGCUGGAACCCUUCUGUCGGCGCUGACUGCAUUGGCCUUGUGUCCGGCAAUAGCUUUUGCGUCGAGGCUGUCAAGGAGCCCGCACCAACAACGACCCAGAAAACGUCCGACAUACCUAGCUCAUCGAAUUCCAAAGCCGACACGCCCACUUCCAAGCCCACUUCGUCACCUUCUCCCGUCCAACCAACCACUUCCAGUGUCAUUGCUAGCAGUGCCACUCCGACUUCUAGUAACGGCGUGGCUACACCCUCGCCCAUACGCCCUGGGAUGGUCAGAAACUGCAAAACCUUUCACUUCGUCGAAUCGGGAGAUAACUGCGGCACAAUGGCUGAAAAGUAUGCCAUAGGCACUGCCAACAUUAUUGCGUGGAACGGACUCAACAAUGCAUGCACCAAUUUAUGGCAGGACACAUAUGCCUGCGUGGGCAUAAUCGGUGGCUCACCCAGCCCUUCUCCUACCACUUCAGUUCCAUCUGGCAAUGGUGUUUCGACUCCGCCGCCUGUCCAGCCACGGAUCGUAAAAAAUUGCAACAAAUUUUUCUUCGUUGAAUCAGGAGAUACAUGCGACGUUAUCAACCAGAAGACUGGCGCGCGAAUAGUCGAUAUCGUUGCAUGGAAUGGACUCAACAGCGGAUGCACCGAUAUCUGGGGCGACACAUAUGCUUGCAUCGGCGUCAUUGGUGGCUCGACUUCGUCCACUUUCUCAUCUUCUCCAAGUCCUACCCAGUCCGGCAAUGGCGUAUCGACGCCAACACCAGUUCAGCCAGGAAUAGUAAAGAACUGUAACAAGUUCUUCUUUAUUGAAGGAGGAUAUACGUGCGAUGUUAUUAAAGAGAAGACUGGUGCCCGAGUAGCAGACAUUAUAUCGUGGAAUGGAUUGAACAGCGGAUGCACAAACAUCUGGGGCAGCACAUAUGCAUGCGUCGGUGUUAUCGGCCAGUCCCCGACCACAACUACACCAUCCCCUUCGCAGACGUCCAGCGGACCCGCAACACCUUCACCUAUCCAAUCCGGGAUGACCAAAGGCUGCACCUUUUGGCACUUUAUUGGCGGUUCUACGACAUGUCAGCAGGUCCUGAGCUACCAGAAGGUCACGAUGGCGCAGUUCUACAAAUGGAAUCCGGCUGUGAAGGCAGACUGCAGUGGCUUGUGGAAAGAUACCUAUGCUUGUGUCCGCGGACCAUAG